AUGAGAGGACAAAUCCUUGCCUGCCUCCCUCUGAAUCUGAUCACACUCCUCUCGCUCUUCCUGAGCUGCACCUGCCAAAUCGACUCCCAAACACAAGCCCUCCUCCAGUUCAAGGCCGGGCUGAACGACCCUCUGAACCACCUCGUGUCAUGGACGAACGCCACCUCCAAGUGUCGCUUCUUCGGCGUCCGGUGCGACGACGACAGCACCGGCUCCGGCAAGGUCACCGAGAUCUCGCUGUCGAGCAUGAACCUCUCCGGUGGGAUCUCGCCGUCCAUCGGGGCGCUGCACGGCCUGGCGCGGCUGCAGCUCGACUCCAACUCGCUCUCGGGGCCCGUGCCGCCUGAGCUGGCGAAAUGCACGCAGCUCCGGUUCCUGAACCUGUCCUACAACAGCCUCGCCGGGGAGCUGCCGGACCUGUCCGCGCUGACGGCGCUCCAGGCCCUCGACGUCGAGAACAAUGCCUUCACCGGGCGCUUCCCGGCGUGGGUCGGCAACCUGUCCGGCCUCACCACGCUCAGCGUCGGCAUGAACAGCUACGACCCAGGGGAGACGCCGCCGAGGAUCGGCAACCUCAGGAACCUGACGUACCUGUACCUGGCGGGCAGCAGCUUGACGGGGGUGAUACCAGACUCCAUCUUCGGACUCACCGCACUGGAGACGCUGGACAUGUCCAUUAACAAUCUCGCCGGCGUGAUCCAGCCAGCCAUCGGAAACCUCCGGAACCUGUGGAAGAUCGAGCUGUACAAGAACAACCUCGCUGGCGAGCUCCCGCCGGAGCUCGGGGAACUGACCAAGCUGCGGGAGAUCGACGUGUCCCAGAACCAGAUCAGCGGCAGGAUCCCGGCGGCGUUCGCGGCGCUCACGGGGUUCACGGUCAUCCAGCUCUACCACAACAACCUGUCCGGGCCGAUCCCGGCGGAGUGGGGCGACCUGCGCUACCUCACGAGCUUCUCCAUCUACGAGAACCGAUUCUCCGGCGAGUUCCCGGCCAACUUCGGCCGGUUCUCACCGCUCAACAGCGUCGACAUCUCCGAGAACGCCUUCGUCGGGCCUUUCCCGAGGUACCUGUGCCGCGGCAACAACCUCCAGUUCCUUCUCGCUCUCCAGAACGGCUUCUCCGGCGAGUUCCCGGAGGAGUACGCGGCGUGCAAGAGCCUGCAACGCUUCCGGAUCAACAAGAACCGGUUCACCGGCGACCUCCCGGAAGGCCUGUGGGGGCUCCCGGCGGCGACGAUCAUCGACGUGUCCGACAACGAGUUCACCGGAGCCAUGUCGCCGCUGAUCGGGCAGGCGCAGAGCCUCAACCAGCUGUGGCUGCAGAACAACAACCUCAGCGGGGCAGUACCGCCGGAAAUCGGCCGGCUUGGGCAGGUGCAGAAGCUCUACCUGUCCAACAACUCCUUCUUGGGCUCCAUACCGUCGGAGAUCGGCAGCCUGUCGCAGCUGACGGCGCUGCACCUGGAGGACAACGAGUUCAGCGGCGCCUUGCCGGACGACAUCGGCGGCUGCAUCAGGCUCGUCGAGAUCGACGUCUCCCAGAACGCGCUGUCCGGGCCGAUUCCAGCCUCGCUGUCGCUGCUGUCGUCGCUCAACUCGCUCAACCUCUCCAACAACGAGCUCAGCGGGCCGAUCCCGACGAGCCUCCAGGCGCUCAAGCUCAGCUCCAUCGACUUCUCCUCGAACCAGCUCACCGGGAACGUUCCGCCGGGGCUUCUGGUGCUCGCCGGCGGCAGCCAGGCGUUUGCCCGAAACCCCGGCCUCUGCGUUGACGGCAGGUCCGACCUCGGCGUCUGCAACGUGGACGGCGGCCACAAGGACGGCCUCGCCACGAAGUCGCAGCUUGUGCUGGUGCUGGUCCUUGUCUCGGCGACGCUGCUGCUCGUGGCCGGCAUCCUGUUUGUGAGCUACCGGAGCUUCAAGCUCGAGGAGCUCAAGAAGAGGGACCUGGAGCACGGCGACGGGUACGGGCAGUGGAAGCUGGAGUCGUUCCACCCGCUGGAGCUGGACGCCGACGAGAUCUGCGCCGUCGGGGAGGAGAACCUGAUCGGGUCGGGCGGCACGGGGCGCGUGUACCGGCUGGAGCUCAAGGGCCGCGGCGGCGGCGGCGGCGGCACUUACUGGCCAUCUGGGGUUUUCACGUUCGCAGAGCUGGCCUACUCGCUCAAAGUGACGGAGAAGACGGACGUGUACAGCUUCGGCGUGGUGCUGCUGGAGCUGGUCACCGGCCGGAGCCCGAUCGACCCGCGCUUCGGCGAGGGCAGGGACAUCGUGUCCUGGCUGUCCAGCAAGCUCGCCUCGGAGAGCCUCGACGACGUCCUGGACCCGCGGGUCGCCGUGCUGGCCAGGGAGAGGGACGACAUGCUCAAGGUGCUCAAGAUCGCCGUGCUUUGCACCGCCAAGCUGCCGGCGGGCCGGCCGACCAUGAGAGACGUGGUAAAGAUGCUCACUGACGCCGGCGUGGGCCCCUGCAGCCCGCGCGGCCAGACGCCGUCAAGGGUCUGCAGCGACAAGAGCUGCUGA